ACACGAUGGAAUACAGUAGCGGCAGUAGUAACUGUGAAGCUGUCCUUUACCGUUUAGCUAAGUGUGUGAUCAGACGCUUAGAGUAGACGUUUUUCUUAUUAUUUCCGCUAGGCAUUCAUCAACACAUCAUUUUGUUGUUUUAACGCACGGAAGUUUAGAGAGUAGCAACCAGACUAGCUAACUAGCUACCUUAGCGAUCUCAGAUUCAAUUGCAUCAACCAAUACAACGUACCAAGAAUUCACCCUUAGUUAUAACAACUAGUUUGCUCCUACUGUCAUCUGCCCGGGCCGACUAGGACGUCGUACACCAAGAAAUCAUUUGUACGGAGAAAUUCAACAAAGCACUUGAAAGCUACCUGGCAGUACGGUAUCUGUGUUUCAUGGCUGUGGCAUGUAGGGUCCCAGCUUAUGUCAGUGACAGAUAAUGAUGUGCAUAGAACAGCGCGGCAUGUAUGUUUGGUGUGAGAGUCCUUCUCUCUCUCCUCCUCGCUGAUGCUUUCAGAUCGGUAUUGUCAAUCUUUUUUUUACAGAAUCAAGAAAACUGGCAGCGGUCUCUGCCACCUUUAACUGUCGCAACUGGAUUUUGAGUGAAGCGGACUGAACAGAGAGAAGUAGACGCCAUGACUGGGGCGGGUGCUGAUGAUGACAUUCCCCUGGGUGAGAGGAAGACUGUCACAGACUUCUGCUACCUGCUGGACAAAUCUAAGCAGCUCUUCAAUGGCCUGAGGGACCUGCCUCAGUAUGGACACAAACAGUGGCAAUCCUACUUUGGCCGGACCUUCGACGUCUACACCAAGCUGUGGAAGUUUCAGCAGCAGCACAGACAGGUACUGGACAACCGAUAUGGCCUGAAGAGAUGGCAGAUCGGGGAGGUGGCUUCCAAAAUCGGUCAGCUCUACUACCACUACUACCUCCGCACCUCUGAAACCAGCUACCUAAAUGAGGCAUACUCCUUCUAUUCCGCUAUCCGACAGAGGUCCUACUACUACCAAGUCAAUAAGGAAGACAGGCCAGAGCUGGUGGUGAAGAAGCUGCGGUAUUAUGCCCGCUUCAUUGUGGUCUGUCUGCUGCUCAACAAGAUGGACCUGGUCAAGGUGCUGGUCAAGGAGCUGUCAGAGGAGAUAGAGGAAUACACGCAACGCUUCAACACAGAGGACCAGCUGGAGUGGAACCUUGUGCUGCAGGAGGUGGCUGCCUUUGUGAUGGCGGACCCGGUUGUGGUGCUGAACGAUGACAACACUGCUGUGGUCACGUCCAAUCGUCUGCAGGAAGGGGGCGUACCUCAGCUAGAGCAGGGCAUGGUGGUUGGUCAGCUCACCCUAGCUGACGCCCUCAUCAUCGGCAACUGCAACAAUCAGGUGAAGUUCAGUGAGCUGACCAUCGACAUGUUUCGCAUGCUUCAGGCAUUGGAACGAGAACCUGUCAACCUGGCUACACAGGCGACCAAACCAGGGACACUGGAGCCCAGCGAGAGACCAGCCAAGAGAGAGAACCCUCACAAAUACCUGCUGUACAAACCCACUUUUAGCCAGCUAUACACUUUCCUGUCUGCCUCCUUCAAGGAGCUGCCAGCAAACAGCGUGCUUCUGGUCUACCUCUCAGCCACUGGAGUCUUCCCCACUGGAUGCACUGAUUAUGAAGGGCCCUAUGACUUUGGAGGUGUUCUCACCAAUACCAACCGUGACGUGGUAAAUGGGGAGACGGUGCAGAAGAAGAACCAGGCACAGAAGGAGAUGCACUGCCUCCACCCUGGCGAUCUCUUCCCCUUCACCAGGAAGCCUCUCUUCAUCAUCGUCGAUUCCUCUAACAGCACGGCCUACAAGAAUUUUUCGAAUCUCUUCGGACAGCCAUUGGUGUGUCUGCUCUCGCCGACAGUGUAUCCUAAAAGCAUGAAAGACCAAUCACAGCGUGGCAGCCUCUUCACCCUCUUCCUGUACAGCCCCCUCAUGGCGUUCCUGUUCAUUUGUGACCUGUGCAGCUUGCGCCAGGGAUUGUGGGAAAAGGCCCAGGAGUUUCUACGGAAGGUGUACCGUGACAUCGGCCAGCUGGUUACCCACUCGCACUCCAUAGACCAGGCCUUCCUGCAGUUCUACGGGGACGAGUUCCUGCGGCUGCUGCUAAUCCGGUUUGUGUUCUGCUCGGCGGUGCUGAGGCUCCACAAGCUGUUCCGGGAGUCUCGCAGCUUCCCGGAGUCGUUCCCUCCGCUGCCCAAGCAGGACACGGUGGAGAGCAGCGUGCUUCAGAAACACGUGCUGGACCUGGCCACCAUGUUGGAAGUGCAGAACCUCUUCUACGACAGCGCGCCGGACAGCUACUGACCCCAUCCCUUCCCCUGGCCC